GUGAUACCAAGCGGCUAAAGGGAAGGCAGCAGCGUGUGGCGUAGCCUUCUCGUAUCUCUCGCAUCCUUCUAGCUUCUACUCCGGAGUUGGAUUGCUCGAAAGCUUUUGACUUGCCCUCUUCCCACUUCCAGCUUCCUCAGAUCUACUUAAACUCGCCUCUGAGACGAAGUCUCCGAAUCUCUUCCCUCCGUGCCCGACUCUACCAAAAAACCGCAAAAUGUCUACGAAGGCCUACACCGGGUCCUGCCAUUGUGGCGACGUCAAAUACCAGAUCCGCCUGACCCUACCACCGAACGAUACAAUCGGUUUUGAUGGUACGCGCAUCUAUAAAUGUAACUGCAGCACUUGUCACAAGAUGGGCAUGUUCCACUGCCGACCCAACGACCUGGCAAACGACUUCAUCGUCACCUCACCCGCCAAGAUUGAGGACGUGGGCGAAUACCGCUGUUUCUCGGAGCAGAUCGGGUGGUAUUUCUGCAAGCGGUGCGGCGUGCGCACCUUUGGUAUGGGCGGCGAGUGGGUCUCGGAAGAGAUCGAUGUUGCGAAGUGGUCCGGCAAGGAAAAUGGAAGCGGAGAGCUGCAAAAGGUGCUCAAGACGACCCCGGUAUCAGGUGGUGCGACAGGCUACGAUGGAAAGAGACUGCAUUAUGUGAGCGUCAACGGAACCACGCUGGAUGACAUUGAUCUCAUUGAUGUGCACGACCAAGGCUGGAUGUACUACGUCGAGAACAAGCACAAGAAAGAUGGUGAAAACCCUCAGAUGAGAUUCAAGGAGCCGUUCAAAGGUGGAUGCUACUGAGGUCGCGAUUGAGAGUUGAAACAAUGAAUGGGGUUGCGGAACAAAGGCAUGACAGGGUAACGUCCCUAUGUCGCGAGAACCCUG